GAUUCGUUUCCUACCGGCACUUCAUUUUAGAAGGUCAUUAAGCAGCUGCAAGUCAUGAAUAUGAUUAUAGUUUUUAUCAUCCUAUUUAGCUAGCAACGUAUCACCAUGAUCACUACGGUCAUUCUCGGCGGCUCAUAUCACACUUCAUAUCGUUGUUUCCAUGCAGGCACGCUAUAGCGCAUUUGUAUUUAUGUCUGCCUCUCAUCAUUCCGACCGAAUAUUGGACUCCCAAAUCUCCGAUGGAAAUGUUGAAAUUACGGAUCUAGGACGUUAUUUUACCUAUAUUUUUAUUGCACCAUGUGUAACGUCAUACAUACAGAAAAAAUAAAAAUUCAUACUUCAUUUAUAUAAAAGAAUAUAGCUCGUUUCGUUCUUCGGAAUAUAAGUAGUCCUCGCAGAAAUCACACAUUGAUCACAUUUUCAAUGUUAAUGUUUGCAACUCAAUAUCUGUCAUUCCAUCCAUGCUGGCAUUUAAAAAAAUAACAUUAUAAAUAGGUCUACAUGUUUGAUUACGUUUAUUUUGAAGACCAUGACUGACGAUACAAUGCUUCUCUCCGUUUGAUUUUGCAGGAUCAGGUAUAUCCGCGAUUCGGUCCUGUAAAAUAUGGUUCAAAUGCCUUAAUCCUUUAGAGCAGACAGCAAUGCAGAUCUUCUAUCAACAUGUGCAAGGGCGUCUAUUAAGAAACAUCUUAUUCGUCGUAUUUUUCGUGUUAUCACUGCUCUCCAUCAUAACGUGGUGUCUCCAUGUCAACUCCAUUACCUUCAUGAAAACUGGAGGAUGUGUAAAACAUGACGUCACUAAGUGUUUUAAUCGUGAGUUAUUUCGCAGUUCCUUGGAAGACGUGUACAGAAUAGAGGAUCACAUGUCCAACGGUACAACUCGUGAAAAGGAAGGGAUCAGCGUAUUUGUCAUCUCGUUUUCGGAUGCCACGCCUGUUGAUGGAUUGAGGAUAGUUCAUCAUUAUACACAGAACAUCACAGUAUACAAACCACGAGAGUAUUUGAAAGCUGAAAGCCCUUGUUUUGUAGAUCGCUUUUACUUUCCUGCUGGAAAGUCAUCUCUUCAAGACUUGAUUAAAUUGAAAUCUCAUCUGGUGGCGCUCAAUACAACAUUUAACAGCUUUCAGCUGCAAUUCGGUUCAACUGCACGAAGAGAGGUGACGAAUCUUAGUGACGUUGUUGGAACUUAUGCCAUCAAUUUAUGCAGUGAAGUCCCUUCCUAUUGGCUAACAUGAUUGGUCACGUGCUGGACCGGCCAAUUGCAAUUUCCAAUAGUGCAAUAACCUUACCACCUUUUUACGUCAAAGACGUGAACAGUAACGUGACCGUCAUUCAGAUGACGAUUGGAUGAAAAAUUGAUUAUAACAUAUAUGCCAUUUUUUAUUUCAUGGUAUGAUAAAAUCUUGUUCAUCUAAUUGACUUUAUUGAUUUAUUCAUCCGUAGUGUAAUUUCCUGAUUUGCAUUUUGUUGAAAAUGAAAUAAAUAGAAGAGCAUAUCUAUGGCUUAGUUUUGGACCUAACUUGGGGGCUUUUCACACGCUCACUCGAACACUGUGAUUUGAAUUCGAAUUCCAGAGCGAAGGCGGUAUGUAUCCUUGGUAACUUGUCAAUCAAAGCACUGCAUCGAUACGAUGAGUGCAUGACAAUUUUAUUCCUGAUCUACGGAAAUGCUUGAAAGUAAGUAAGCUCCGCCCCCAAAAGAUGUUUUGGAGGUCAAGUCUUUCACACGUAAAAUUCGUACCGUAAUUUGAGUGAAACUUAAGUGGAAUUC